AUGACGUCGCGACAGCUCCAAUAUCGACAAUAUGGCGGCUCAGCAGAGCACUUAACACUUCAGAAUGGGUCUACGCUGGCGUACGACUUUAAUCAUAGUGUGACAGAAGCCAGACCAAGCAGCCCAACGUCGAAUAAAGGGGCGAGUCGAACGUUGCGACGUGUUCCUAAGGACGCGAAGUUAUCGAGCUCUUUCGGAAAUUGGCUAGGACGACACAAGGCCAAGAAGGGGGACAAUUCAGAGCGGAUUCACAUCAGCGAGCCAAAACCAUUACAGCAGGCUCCACCACGUCCAAGGCGUCCUUCUGAUGCGCCUGAGUUAGCGCAUGGACCCUACGAGCUACCUGGAUCGAUUGUAUCGAGGCCGCCGACAAAGAAUCCAGAGAUCAAGAGAGAGAAUCUCGGAAAUGUUCACGAAGCAUUAAGAUCUCACCCUAUUGCACCACGACCCGAUACGAAAGAUAAAGGUAUUCCUGUACGGCGAGUUCCCCUCAACUAUGCUGUCAAGAACAGCGACUCGAGCGCUACGGCCCGCACCGAAGUCCGAACCAAACGGACAUCCAAAGUACCCCAGUCGACGGCUGACGUCAAAGCUGAGCGGCGUAAGGGGCGAAUUUUCUUAGACGGGAAAAACCUAUACGAAUUUCCCGACCCAGAGUCAUAUGAAAGCGGCGAGGAAGAGAAUAACGACGAUGGCCAUCUUUGGGAAGACGCUGGUUUCGACGACCCUGGUAUGCCAGCUAUCAACGAGAGGUCUGUACCAAAGAUUACUGUUACACACCCAACCGACAAUGAGCAGAGCUCAAUACAGAGCGAAGAAACUCCCCAGAAAUUACUUGGCGUUGAUGACUGUUAUAAGGUGCUAUAUCAGGGCCAAACCAAGGAGUUGCGUGGACUCCGUAAGACUCUAAAGUACUUAGUACCCCUAGCAUGGCUUGUUGCGGAGGCAGAAGGCGUUGAUCCGCACGAUGGUGUUGCUUUGGAGGGUGCACUUAGAACUAUUAUCGCGGAUCGAGAGAAACUGUUUGACCUAUUCCCCCUAGCCCAGGUAUUGGCUGAGGACCAGAAGGUGGACAUCGACGAUUUUAAGGCACUUCCCCGAGCUCUCAAGAACAUUAUGUCGGACCGCGAUAGCGCAACGCGGAUUGCCGACUACCACAGGAUGGUUAGCCGAAGACUCGAGGGGAAGAUUGCACAGCUGGAGAGAGAGAGAACGAGAGAUGAAUCUGACGAUGAUGAAGAAUACCAGUGGUUGUAA